AUGUCGCUGACACAGACUGGGAUGACUGCAAUCCGCGAUUUCAGACAAAAUUCACCAAAGAACAUGACUCUCUGUGGAAGGAUCUGCUCCGUCUGCAAGAGAGUGAGUCCUAGGAAGAAUAGAGUUCGUGCCCAUCCUUUAAGAGAAGAGGAACACAAUGGAAGCAGAGACAUUCCCUGGCAGAAAGCAAAGGCAGAACCACGAAAGGAGGAGCUGGAUGAAAAUGAAUCACAGAUCUGUUUUUGCAACUUGAGGAAUCUCAGGGAAGGAAAUGGCCCCUUCCUGGUGCAGGCUUCCAUUGACAAUCUCUGUGCCUUGGCAGAGACCAAGCUGGCAGGGGUUCUGAGGGCCAUCUGCAAGUAUCGCCAGAGCAUCCACAAGAUCUCACCAAAACAUCGAUUGCGCAUUAAUGAAAUCCUUCAGGCUGUGAUCAGGUUGGCAAGUAGCAUAGACUACAAAUUGGCUAAUGUCAUAAUCAAACUGGCUGCUGAAGAUAUGCUGAGGACCACAGAUCUUCAGGACAGGUACCAAGAUGUGGCUGGUGACAUCCUGGUGGCCCUCUGGAAUCACUUCCCAGCAGAAGUUCUGACCAAGCUCCUGGAUGGCUUCCAAGGCCGGCUGCUCCCAUAUCGUAGCAUCCUCUGUGUUCUGGGGAAACUGGCAAACAAAGCCUUUACAGAGAGUGACGCCUUAAAGAUUGACAUGUGGGAGCGAAAGCUGGUGGAGUUUGUGGAGCGACUCCUGAUUGAUGUCACAGACAAGGCAUGUUUUGAGGAGCUCAGUCAUGAGUUAAUGAAAGUGAACCAGACCCAGAAGAACAGCCAAAACCCUGAGAAGGUCUUUCUCUAUCAAUAUUAUGGGGCCAUCCUCCGUGUCUCAGAUGACUCUCAGUUAGUUCAGGAGCAGCUCUGCAAUAUCCUGGGCAUGUCUCACAGAGGACCUUGGGAAGCCAAGGGCAUUGCUUCUGCAGUUGGCUUGGCUGCAUCUCGCCACCUCGAUGAGGUUUUUAAAGUCUUGGAGAACUUCAGCAAGGCUUAUUCCACCAAUGAAACCUCGAUGCCAAACACCAGCCAGUACUGCAAGUGGAACACCCUCCUCCUGUGCUAUGGUCGAGUAGCCCUGGGGAUUAAAGACGAAGUCCUCCCUAGAGUGGAAUUUAUCCUGUCCAAAAUGAUUGAGUAUUUCAUGAUCAACCCAAUGGACAUGAAUCUGAAGAAAAACUUUUUGAUUGCUGUGCUGAUGUUCCUUGAGGCCAUUUCUGCAACAGGUAAAGCGCAAGACAUACGGCUGCGCAUGAAAACACCACUUGUGGGAUGCCUGGUAGUGCUGAUUGAAAGAGAACCCGUCCACACACUGGCUGACACGGUGCGUCAGGAUGCAAUGUACAUCAUUAAAGAACUCAGCAAACUGAAACCUCUCCUUGAGCGAGAGAAAAAAUCCAACCUCCUCUGCGCCUCCUUCCAAAGUGUGUUUUGUCUGGCCCCAGUGGAGAUCCUGGAACAGCAAUGUUGUGUAGAUGAGCAGGCAGCUGAUAUCAAAGGGCUCCACCAUCAGACCAUAAACAGCUUUGAAGAGAUGCUUCAGGGGCUGCUGUUGGAGAAUCCACACCCAAGUGAGCUUGAGCACAUGAUGGAGCUUAUGGAACCAUGGAUGAAAUCAAAAGUAAAUCAAGUGCGAGAGAAAGCAGUGGAAGCAGCCAUGAAGGUCUUGACAUUUGUAGCAGGACAUUCCCAGUUUGAUCUCUCUGGGGAAUUCAGCAAGUUUGCCCACCUGACUGCUGUUCUGAUUGCUCUGUGCAAUGAUCCAGUGCAAUAUAUUAGUUCUUUUGCUGUGCAAGGAGUCAGUUGCCUCUACGAGAUCCUGCUGCGCCGGAAAGGGCUGAACAAAAGCAAGCAAAAGAGGCUGAAGUGGUCCGUGAAACGGAACUCAAGGCCCCAAGAAGAGGAUGGCCUUUCUUUUUUGAUGCUGGAGAGCAGCUGGUGCAUGGCUAUGCAUUGUGGCGACCAGCUUUUCUCAGCUCAGCUAACAAAUCUCCUGCUGUCUGUUCUGGAUCAUCUGAGAGGCUCCAACACAGAACUGCUGAAGUCAGCAGAAGAGGUGCUCAAUGCAAUUCUGAGGAACCAUGCCAUGAAGGUUGAAAGGGUGAGAGACAUUGUUGGAGCCAUCUACAUGUGCCUGCAGCUCCGCCAAGCCUCCUACUGGACCCGGAAGGUGGUGCUGAGGGCAUUGGCCUUCAUGCUCCCUUAUCACAUGGAGGAGGUGUUGCAGAGCUGCCUGUCUUUUUCAAUACCCGUUAACAGGCACGCCAGUGAGCUCUGGGCAGCAAUGGCUUCAGGCCCUCAAGUGGCCAUUCAAGUCCUGCAGCUCUUACUGAAGAACCUCCAGGUCAAGGAUCCUUUCAAAGGCAAUGAGGAAAGCACCACCAUGUCUCUAGCUGCAAUGAACGUCAUCUAUGAGACCUUCCACAUCCCUGGAUAUCGGAGGGCCUUGGCAGAGAUGCACCUUCAGUUAUUCAUCCCACUGCUCAAGCAAGUCCUCUACGUGAUGCAGCUGGACCUUCCUGAUUCUUUAAAAGCCAGACAGGAAAUCAUCCUCAGAGAAAACUCCAGCGCACUCAGCUUCCAGAGCACUUCGGUAGAGAUCAUGAAAAAUCUGUUCUCUGUGGCUGGGGACUGGGCAGUCUAUGCCUGCAUCGAGUUCCAGCAAGGAUGGCUGGUGCUGAGCACUCCGCAGCAGUUCCUACAAGGCACACGCCUGAUUGCAAGGGCCAUGACUGAGUGUGACAGUUCUCAAAUCCCUGGUAUCUUUGGGGAGGCAGCUCUCAUUCUCAACAGUGAGGAGGACGAAAUGAAGAAAAUGACAGCUUUGGCUCUAGUUAUUGAGUUCCUCAAGAGUCCAUCUGCUGUCAAGAUGAUGAACAGGUUCAGCCUCAAAGACCAUCUCGAGGAAGGCUCUGAAGCCUCCAGCACUGUCAUAAAAGACCUUUGUCUGAAAGGGCUCAGCAGUUUUGUUUUCCAGCAUGGGAAGGUCAAGCUUCUGCGAGAGGAGCUACCAGCACUGAUUGACUCUGUCUUCAGUGGACAAGAAGAAAACAUCCUGGAGGGAUUGAAGGAUAUAAUGAUGGCAAUCUAUGAGAUGGAUGGCCAAGGGAUCGGGCCUCUCUGUAUUGACCUUGCUCUGAAUGUUCGCUCAUUUUUUGAAGAUGAGAGAGCCAGUGUCCGUGCGACUGCCGUCUCCCUGUUUGGGCAGCUGGUGAUGAGAGCCAAAGAAGCUGACAAGGCCCUCCUAAAGAAGGAAGUUGUAUACAGCCUGCUUCCUCUGCUGCUUCAUCUGAAAGACCGGGAUAGCACUGUGGCCAUGAGGUGCAAACUGACCCUUUUGCAUUGUGGGGUCUUUCUCGGAUGGCCUCACCUGAAGCUGAUGUUCCGCAGCAUGGCGUGGGAUGAUAUCCGGAACUGUGUGGUGAAUGUGUGGAAGUACUUGAUGAGGAACAACCACGAUAACAUACACAUUUUCAUAUCCCAGGCCUUGGGAUACCUCCAUCAUCCCCUGGUAGAAAUCAGGCAUGCAGCAGCACGAUUUACAGGUCACACUCUCAACAAUUACAGCUCAGAGCUGUCAAAAAACCUUGAACAGGAGGACAUUUUCUACCUGAACAAAGUUUUCCAGGAGAUGGAAGCAAGCCCAGAUCCCAGCAUGGUACACUUUGCAAAAACGUAUCGGGUGGUUUUGCAGAAACUGUCUGUGAAACGGAGGCUCACUGGAGCUGGAGAAAAGAGUGCUGAAGUGACUGACAGCAGCCGUGGAGAGAAACAGCUCAGCGAGUGUGAAAGCAGAGCCCCCAGCCCGCUGCUGUUGCUGCCGCCAGAAUCCCCGCUGCCACGAUCCCCAGCACUGGAGGGGAGUGAAGUUCUGAGCAUGCACAGUCCCCGGCGAACCAGGCGCAUGGUCACUGAACGAGGCAAGCAGCCUGGUGCGUCCAGCGAAAGAAACAGACGGCAUCCAGUUGAAGCUCCAGCUGGGAUCUCCACUUCCAGAAAGGACCCCAGUGCUGAGAGAAAGCAAAGCCCUCAGCAUGCAGGUGCUCACCUGAGCCAGGUGGACCAUUGGCCAUAA